AGAGAACGUCUAUUUAAAGUCCCCUCUCAGAUACCAAACAUCGCCGGAAAAGAAAGAAAUAGAAAGAAAAUGGCGACGGAGGAGGAACCUCUCAGCCCCGGCUCACGGCUCUUCAACUCGCCGGAGUUCAACUGCUCCAUCAUCGUAACCUUAGGUUGCAAAACCAGAGGAAACCCUAACGCCAUUAUCGACGGUCUAAAGAACACUCUCAUCAAUCACCCUCGUUUCUCCAGCAAGUUGGAGAUGAACCGUGGAAACGGAGGAAAACCAACAUGGGUUCGGACAAAGGUGAGAGUGGAAGACCAUGUCGUGGUUCCGGACAUAGAUCCCGACAUGGAAGAACCUGAUAAGUUCCUCGAGGACUAUAUCUCGAACCUGACUACUCUUCCAAUGGAUAUGUCCAAACCCUUGUGGGAGAUUCACCUCUUUAACCUCAAAACCUCCGACGCAGAAUCCGUUGGCGUUUUAAAGAUCCAUCACUCUUUAGGCGACGGAAUGUCUCUCAUGUCUCUUUUCCUUGCUUGCACUCGUAAAACUUCAAACCCCGAGGCCUUGCCCACCAUUGCCUCCAAGAAGAAACGCAUCGGCCCAAGCCCUUCUCUGAACUCCAUUUUUCGGUUUUUCGUUAGGGUUUGGUUUAUGAUUAGGUUGAUAUUUAACACUUUCGUCGAUGUUUACAAGUUUGCUGCUACUUUGUUCUUCUUGAGAGACACUGAAACUCCUAUUAUGAGUAAACCAGCCGCCAUGGCCCCUAACCCUAGGAGGUGUGUUCAUCGUAUAAUCAGCUUCGAAGAUGUCAAGUUGGUGAAGAACGCCAUGAAAAUGACGAUUAACGAUGUUCUACUCGGAGUAACGCAAGCCGGGAUUUCACGAUAUCUCAGUCGAAGAUACGAUCAAGAAGGAACACCAAAAUCGAAAAAAUUUAUGGGAAGAAUCCGUCUUCACUCUGCCAUUAUGAUAAACUUACGACCAAACACGGGCAUUGAGGCUCUAGCUGAUAUGAUGGCUAAAGGGUCGAAAUGCAGAUGGGGGAAUCUGAUUGGUUACGUUCUUCUGCCCUUCUCUGUCGGGUUAGAGAACGAUCCAUUGGAAUAUGUUCGUCGAGCCAAAUCCACCAUUGAUAGGAAGAAGCUCUCUCUCGAAGCGGUUUUGUCCUACGCAAUCUUCAAAUUCACCAUCAACGUCCUCGGGUUUAAGGCAGGCGAAGCUCUUGUGAAGAGAGUUUUUGGUAACACGACGAUGACAUUCUCAAACUUGGUCGGUCCAAAGGAAGAAAUAAGCUUCUAUGGGCAUCCCAUAUCUUACAUCGCCUCAAGUGCUUUUGGACACCCACAUGCACUGUCUCUCCAUUUUCAGAGCUAUGCGGACAAGAUAAUAAUCGCAAUGGCAGUUGAUCCGACAGUUAUCCCGGACCCUCACCGCCUGUGCGAUGACUUUUCAGAGUCCUUUGAGACGAUCAAAUCCGCUGUCUUAGAAAGAGGGUUAUGCAACGAAGAGGUUUAGUUUAGUUCAGCUUUUGUCUUGUCUUCUCUAGAGAUGAACAUUUGUCUUCCAAGAAUCAGUUUAUUUCA